CAAAAAAAAAGUUCAUGUCUGCCCCCGCUUCGGUAGGUGGCAGCAGGGCCCUGCAUGGACUCACACUGACCUCAGUGAGGAAGAGAAAAUGGGCGAGGAAGCUUUGCUGGCACAACAGCGCCACUUUUGAGCGGUCCUUCACGCCUUCAACAAAAACAGUCCGCACAAGUUGUCAGACUGUGGCCAAGGAAAAGCAAGAGAACAGUGCCACGACGAUAGAGCCUUCAGUUGUAUGUGAAAGAUCAGAGAUGGUUCAAGACAGUGCUCAGAUUCGACGGCAGGGUGCCCAGGACUUCAUGGCAUACUAUGACUUUGCCUGUGCCAGGCAGGAUUCGGUCCCUCUCCCUGCUGUGAGGAUGAACCUUGACAAAGGGAUGCUGGACUUUAAUGGAGACAUGGUCAAACUCACAGACUGGCCACCCAUUCUCAGCUCUAUCUGCAUUAACAAACACUUGCACCACAUUGCAAUAAGUAGCACAUACCAAGCUAGUCUGGGUUCUGGAGACACAGAUAGAAGGUACUAUAAGUCUAGCUUCAAGAAGAAGAUCCCAGCCAUUCGCUCUAAGGACAUGACAUUUAAGUUGUGCAAGGCCCUGAGAGAGUGUCUGACUGUCUCUCCCAACCUCAAGACUCUGCAGCUUAAUGGACUUCCACUGAGAGAGAGGGACCUCAUCAAUAUGACAAAGGGUUUGUCAAAAAGUGUGUCCUUGGAAAACCUUUCGCUGGCUAACUGUCCAAUCACUGAUGAGGGCUUAGAAGUCAUUUGCCAAAGUGUGAAGUAUUCUACAAGCAUCAGGAUGGUGGAUUUUACAGGAUGCAAUCUCACCUGGAGAGGGGCAGAGCAUAUGGCCAACAUCAUCAAGCAUCAGGGAAUGCAGAGGCAUGGUACCGCAUGGGCAGAGUCUCUCAGGUAUCGACAGCCACAGUUUGAGGGAAUGGGAGGUCUCCGGCGUAUCACGCUAAACUGUAACACUUUGAUUGGGGACCGGGGCGCUGCUGCUCUUGCACAUGAACUGGUCGAGGACCUCUGGGUUAAAGCUGUGGACCUGCAGAGGUGUGGUCUGUCCAAUGAAGGAGCUCGUCGUUUGCUGGAAGCCUUGAAAACUAAUUCUGCUCUUUGUGUGCUAGAUAUUCGUAAUAACCCCUUAGUUGACAAGGUCCUAAUUAAAACAAUAAUAGAGAAAGUACUAAUGAAUGCUGAUGGACAGUCACCCGAGUACUGCUGGAUCAAGCCUGCGGCUACAGAGCCUCAGGGAGUUUCUGGUCCGAAGAAACGAGCACUACCCAGUACAGUCAGAGGAAAAGCUACAUUUAGAAUAGCCUCUCGUAAAGGACCAUCUUCUGGAGGGCGGAGUUCAGGCGUUGCUCAGACACAGAAGCCCUUUUCCCGCUCCCGAUGUGUACCUUGGCGGGCUGCUGCAAGAGCUGAACGACAGAGAGGUAUGCCUCCUGGAGUCAGUGUGAUAGAUCACAGCUUUCAGGGUGCAGCUACAGUGAAGGUCACUGUGGAGUCAGAUUCGGAGGGACAGGAGGAAGACGAAGAAGUGGUGGUGGAGGUAGACCAGAGACCAUCCUCUCUGGACAGGAUCACUGGACGGCAGUUUGAACAUGUGCAGAUGGAGCUGAAAGAGUGUUGUCUGAGACUGGCAGAGGAGCGCAGGGCCAGACUGAAAGCUGAGUCAAGGCUCAUGGAGUAUGAGUUGGAGAAUGCCCGUCUUCGUAGAGCCAACCUCUCCCUGUCAGAGGCACUUGCCGCCACUGGCUCUGCAUCAGCACCCCCUGCUUUCAGUGCACUUGAAGACGAGGCAGUCCUCGAGAGCAUUGAGAACUCCUUUACCAAGUUCCAUGCUUUCUUGGAUCUACUCAAGGAUGCUGGGCUAGGUCAGCUAGCUUCACUGGCUGGAAUUGACAAGUCAGAUUUCCACCCUCCAGGAAGACCUCAGCUCUCCUCCACUAUACAGUCACAUUUGGGUGGCGCAGCAUCGCUGACUAGAGGGGAGUAUCGGGAAGUUCGGCCACAGACUGAUGCUUCGCCUUUGCUAACGGUAAACAAUGACAUGCCUGCUCGCCCUGGUAGACAAGUGGACACCACCGCUCACAGACCUCCAUCCUUAGUCAUGGAGUCCUUGAGUGAAGACAGGCUGCUAGAUUUAACCUUCAGUCGGGCUUCUGGACCUGCGGUAGACCCUGGUGUAGGUGGAGCAGAGGAACCAGAUAAAUAUUCAAAGCCUGAUACCCAGCAUGACUUGUGUUCUGAGCACAGUUUCCGUAGCCAAAAAUCCUUUGAUAAGGUUUCCUUAGGUAAAACGUUUCAGACUCAACCAAGCCAUCCCAAGAACAGCAGUAGCUCUCACAGAAGCAACAGUUCCCAUGGAUACAGCUUCAACAACUGUGCUUACAGUCAUGCUUCUCACAGCAACGGCUCUGUUGCUGGAUCCGGAAGAUCAAGUGCUUGUGACGUUAUAAGUGACAAGACAGAGCCUGUGGGACCAUUAGGAUCCAGGAACAGGGGACAGGGAAGGCUGGUGACAGAAGGCCAGUCAGGGUCAGAAGGGUCAGAGGGGAAAGCCUACCCUGGAAGGGAGACUCUGGAGCAGAUCAGGUCUCUGGGCGGUUUGGACAGGCAGUCCGAUAAUGAAUCCUUCUGACCAGAGAAAUAUGAAAAGCUCUGUCUGUGUCUGUUAUAAGUGCAUUCUCCUUUAAAGUGUUUCUCAUUACAUCUUGAGAAUGUAGAUUUCGUACAUAUUUCUUUUAACUCUAGAGACUUUGUUUAAUUUCCUACAUCUGCAAACUCAGUUAUUUCAUUUUAGGGAGAGAGCAUGAGAAUGAGACAUUUAUUAAACAUCUUGCCAAAGCAGAAGUACAAUUGAAUGUCCCAUGAGAUUCAAAUUUUAGUUAGUGAUUGAGACAAAAGUGUCAAAAAAGGAAAAAAAAAUAUUUUUGACGUUUUUCCUUUUCUUUUGGGAAAGCAUAACUUUUUUUGCAGAUGCAUUUUCCACUUUGGUGCAUGCACAAUGUAACACUUUUACUCAGUAAAAUGUGAUAGUAGAUAUUUGGGUCUCCAAACUAAGCCCAACCCAAUCAAGUCUUGAUUCAAGUGUGCAAAUCAAGUUCCUCCCAAUGUGGUCCUGUCUCAUGUGGGAAUGCAUCAAACCUUUAAGGGAAAUUACAAUCUUAAAGCUUUUAGUAAAUUAUUCACUGCUUGUUUUCUCUUUUUAUGGAUGUUUUACACAUUUUUUUUAGAUGUGAAUGCUUAUGUAGAGACAUUUAUUUUUUGUAUUUAAUUUGUCCUUUUUUUAAAAAAAUGUUAUGAUGUAAAAUAGUAUCAUUUUGUUGUUCCUGUGUAAUGAGCCUGCACUGCUCUGAAAUAAAUGUUUUUUAAUAAACAUGUUAGCAGUU